AUGUCUACACCAACCGGUUUUGGCUCUCACAAGGAUAGUAAAGUUUCGGGGAGCCCCAAUGUUCUACAUUCCAGAUCACAGGAAACUCCUCCCAUCACAGCACAACCUGAUCAAAGACUACAUGUUGCACCCCCUAUCUCGGACAAUGCUCUACAACAUUCAUCUGUUGAUGAUGACCGGCAACAAGUCCGAGAGGUUACCACAGAACAUAACCGAGAGCCUGUACCUCCUUUCAAUCUACCGAGUCUACCAUCUCAGAGGCCUGAUCCACAAAACCGUUUUGCCGAUCCUUUUAAGUGGCAACCACUGUCAGGAGAGCCUCUGAGUCCAGUUCAUGGUAGCUCUCUACCGCAUGAUAUCUGGAGACCACAGAGCUACGCGAGAUAUAGCAAUACCAGCAAUGAUAGUGUAGCUCAUGUCAAUCCUUUAGGUCCAGACAUUUGGAAGCCGCAAAGUUACGCUAGAGACGGUGAUAGCAACAGCCAUGGUUCUCGUCUUUUCAAUCCUACUCCGAAUCCUCAAGGAGCAAGCUCAAGAUUGAAUCAGGUCAACUCGAAUCGGCAACUACCUUCAUUAGCACAUGCUUUCCCACCGACCAACAAUAGUUCUACUCAAAGACUCCCUCCGUCAGCAUCAGCUGCUCCGAAACCCAACAUGACGUAUGCCCCACGCUUCCCUUUGUCAUCAGAGGCUAGUCAGCCUGCCGACGUCAAAUCUACUCCUCGCUUUCCUCUACUAUCGCAGGCCAAUCCAACGACCAACAUCAGUCCUGGUCCGCAACAACCUCCACCAACACCAACUGCUGCACAGCACCUCCAAUCAACACAAGACAUUCUACAUGCCACCAGCAACUCCGCUGCACAUCCACCGGUACAAGCUCCCACUGCUACUCUCGACCACAUUCCAUCCGAAAAAGCCGAAGAGCUUCGAGACAGACUCUUCAAACUCACCUCCGACUACCAACGUCUCUACAGCACCUUCAUGUCUAGCGGAGACAGCAGCCCCAACGCCGCUCGCUGGAAGUCAAUCGACAUUGAUCUUCCCUAUCUCUUCGAAGUCCGUCAACAAGUCAUCAAUUUCCUGGUUGCUACCAAAAGAUUCGAGAAAGGAGAAGAAGUCAAAGAUGUGCAGGGAUUCAAGGAAUCUCAGAAACCUUUCUUCAAGAGUUUGGAAGACGCUGUGGGUGUUGCUGUUGAGAGGUUGACUUGGUUGAGGAGAAAUAUGGAGGGUCCGGAUGGGUAUGCUUAUCCGCAUCGAAAUUGGUACUAUCAGGUGAUUGGGAAUAAUUUGCGAAGUCAUGGUUUAUCUCCUGCGAAGGAGAGUGAGGGAGUUGAGGAGAAAAAUAGUGAAAAUAAUGGAAAUGCUGGAGAUGGUGGAGCAUCUAUUGACAAAGCUACAAGGCAUGGCGAUGAACAUGGCAAUUUAAUAUCUCCAUCAUUGGACUCUGAAGAUGAAAGAGAGAUGCAAGCAGAGAAACAGAUGAGGAUGUAG